AUGCGCGACUUCUCCAGCGGCGAGCUGGACGGCCUUCUCGGCAUCGACUUUGCUGUAUGGAAUUGGUCAAAGCCACAGCUUUAUGGAAUCUGCUUGGGCAUGUUUGUUCGAAACGGGCUCAUACCUAGCAGUACAGCUUUGGCCCGCUUGCUCGAUUUCAUCGUAGACAUGGCCGCCGGCUACUUCGACAAUGCAUACCACAGCUUUCUUCACGCCGUCGAUGUUACAUACAUGGUGUACUGGAGUCUGGUUGACCUGGAAUUGGCAGAGAAGUUGCAGUUUUCCACUGUUGAUUUCGUUGCGAUCUUGAUUGCUGCCUUAGCGCAUGACGUGCUGCAUCCUGGUUUCAACAAUCUAUAUCAGAUCAAUGCCAAAACGGACGUGGCCAGUAAAUACGACAAUAAAUCAGUGCUCGAAAUGCAAUCCUGCGACCAUCUAAGUGCGCUGUUGGCGAAGCACUCGUGUUUGUCUGGACUAGAGUAUGGCGAAGUGGCGAGCCAUCUGGUGGACAUUCCAAAGAUCAUCGAAAACAUCGCGAUUGAAGCCAUCUUGCAUACCGAUAUGUGCCAUCACUUUGAGCUUCUUGAGAAGUUGAGCUUCACGGCGGAAGAGGUUAUCGGACCGACGGAUGAUUCCGUCGAAUCGACCUCGGAGGAGAAGUUGGGGCAAUCAGAGUCGGACGAGGUGCCGGGGGAGUUGCGCAUGACGCAGAGCCCUUCAUUUGCGAAGUCGGAAUCGCGCGAGGGAUUGAUGUCCGCCGAAUCGUUGAAUGCUGCAGAUGCGAAACCUGACGAUUCUGUGCUCGAACCGCCAUCGUCGGAUGAUAGCAAUCAGGGAGAGGGUCUUGCCAUGGUGGGUGUCAUUACACCACAGCACAGACAAAUCAUGACGAAUGCGAUAUUACAUGCCGCAGAUAUAAGCAAUGCGGCGCGACCAUUGGAAAUUUGCAAACGCUGGGCCGACAUGGUUGCGGAAGAAUUCUUUCUCCAAGGCGAACAGGAACGCCGGACCGGCCUUCCAGUAACACCAAGCAUGGAUCGCGAUUCCAUCUCUCCAGCUCAGAUCGGUUUCGAUUUCAACACUUACAUUGCUCGCCCUUACUUUGAGGUCCUAGCUGAGAUUUUCCCCACGACACGAUGUCUGGCGGAAAACCUGAUCAGCAACCGGAACACUUGGGAAAACAUG